AUGGCUGCUGCAACAUCUAAGCUGGUAAGCAGUGCUUACAUUCCUAACGACCUUGCUUUGUCUAUUCUUUCCAAACUGCCUCUCAAAUCACUCAAACGAUUCACAUGUGUUAAAAAAUCAUUUUCCCUUUUAUUUCAAAGCCCUGAUUUUAUGAACAUGUUUCGUACCAAUUUAAUAUCUAAACACAACGAGGACAAUGAAAACACACGUCUCAUCCUAAAGGAAAAGACACAAAUGAUUCCCUUUCCCUACCAUUUUUGCACAUUUUCUGGUGAGAAAUUGGAGGAUGGGGAGAGAUUAGACUGUCCACUUCCAUUUCAUGAAGAUGACUUAGGUAUUGGGAUUUUAGGUUUUGCUAGUGUUAAUGGCACUCUUUGUCUCUACCAAGGCAAUUACCAUGACACAAAAAUUGUGUUGUGGAAUCCUGCUACCACAGAAUUUAAGGUUGUUCCGCGUAGCUUUCAACCGUAUGACAACAUUGAGUUUAAGAUACAUCCUUUGGCAUUUGGUUAUGAUCGUGUUAGACAUGACUAUAAAUUGAUCCGGAUUGCGUCUUACCCCUUAGACUUUGAAGGUAAUUGGGUUGAAGUACCUGAAAAGGAUAGCUAUUUGUGGGAUGAGGAUUAUGAUCACACUGUUUGGGAUAGGCAAAUAGUGAAGAUGAAUGACCCUUUCUGGGAGAUAUAUAGCCUCAAAAGUAACUCUUGGAGGAAAAUCGAUGGCAUUUAUCAGAUGGAUUCUAAUUGGGCAGAUAGUCAUCCGGUGAACUUGAAUGAAUUUUGCCAUUGGUUAGGCCCAUCUUAUGAUAUUGUGUCAUUUGACUUUAUCAAUGAGAUAUUCAUUGCCACAACCUUACCCUCGGUUGGCUAUAAAAGGUGUAGAGAAAGCAAAUCAUUUUUUCGGAAACGUAGACUCAGGCUGGAGAAGUACUUGGCAGGGAUAAAUGGGUCUAUUGCUUUCAUCUCCAAUAUUGUGGUGACAAGAUCUUAUCACAUAUGGAUUUUGGGUGAACUCGGUGUUAAAGAAUCGUGGAUUAAACUCUUUGUUGUUGAUGCACCUUGCAGAAUGCAUCCUUUUGGGAUAGGCAUAAAGAGCUUUAUAUUCUUCAUGAAACAUGGUGACGGGAUAGCUGCUUGGUAUGAUAUAAGUACCCAAAGGUAUGAGGAGAUCAAGGUUAAAGGAGAGUCUGUUGGGUGGGAUAUUAUAGUUUAUAAGGAAAACCUUCUUUCUUUUGAAGGAAUUAAUAUUUAA